AUGGGCGACCUUGAAGCGCAGUCUGAUCAUCGGUCAGACGAGAAAAUCAACGAACAGAAGACAACACACGAGUCACAAUAUGAUGUCUUUUGGGAGGAACCUGCCAGCGAAGACCCCGCGAACCCCAUGAACUGGAGCUCUGGGCGUAAAUGGACGAUUAUUGGAAUGGUCUCGUUCAUUACCUUCUUGACCCCUCUUGCCUCUUCAAUGUUUGCGCCGGGUAUCACACAAGUUCUAAACGAUUUCGAUACAUCCUCGAACAUACUUGCUACCUUUGUCGUUUCGGUAUAUGUUCUCGGUUUCGCUUUUGGCCCUUUGAUUGUUGCACCGCUGAGUGAAUUCAGUGGCCGCACAUGGGUAUAUAAUGUUUGCAAUAUCUUGUUCGUGAUCUUUAAUAUUGCAAGUGCGCUUGCUCCCGAUAUGGCAUCGUUGAUUGUCUUCCGAUUCCUUGAUGGGGUUGCGGGAGUUGCUGCUAUCACAUGUGGUAGUGGUACAAUUGCAGAUCUCGUGCCCCAUGAGAAACGUGGGCGGGCGAUGUCCAUUUGGUCUUUGGGGCCGCUUUUUGGCCCCAUCAUUGGCCCCGUCGUUGGCGGAUUCCUCGUCGAGGCUACGAAUUGGCGAUGGGUGUUUUGGGUUCUUGCUAUCGUGGGUGGAGUUGCGUCAGUCGUCUUCUUCUUUGUUGUACCGGAGACGUAUGCGCCAAUUCUACUCGAAAGAAAAGCUGCACGUCUACGAAAAUCAACGGGAGAUAUGGCCUAUAAGUCUUGCAUGAAUUCUGGACUUCCUCCAAAGCAACUUUUCGUGCGGAAUCUUAUCCGGCCAUCGAAGAUGCUCAUUCUAUCUCCCAUUGUGGCUUUGAUGUCCAUUUACAUUGCUGUGCUCUACGGCUUCCUUUACAUCCUGUUCACUACGUUCACUCUCGUGUUCGAGGGCCAAUACGGGUUUUCCGCUAGCUCUAGCGGUUUGUCGUUCUUAGGUAGUGGAGUGGGAAUGCUGCUUGGUCUUGCGUACGUGGGAACACUGAGUGACCGCAAGAUCAGAAUCAAGGUGGAGCGCAAGGAAACGCCGGUCCCAGAGGACCGACUGCCCAUGUACCUUACCAUCCCCGGUUCGCUGGCUAUACCUGCGGGACUGUUCCUAUAUGGAUGGUCGACGGAUAAGGUGGUUCAUUGGAUUGUUCCUGAGAUCGGAAAUGCGGUGAUUGGAUUUGGAAUGAUCACUAUCUUGAUGUGUGUCCAGACAUAUCUAGUUGAUGCUUUCUUGGCUCAUGCUGCAAGUGCCGUAGCUGCGUGCACCGUGCUGCGAAGCUUACUUGGCGCUCUUCUUCCUCUUUGCGGAUUGCAAAUCUACGAAAAACUCGGUCUUGGUUGGGGAAACAGCUUAUUGGCAUUUCUUGCUUUAGCAAUGGCACCUAUCCCUAUUUUGUUCGAGACUUGGGGGGAGAAGUUGCGGACUCGGAAGACUAUCGAACUCUAG